UCACUCUGUAGGAUAACAUCGAGAAUGGCUUAAUCGAUCUUAGGAAUUUUUUGAAAAAUGAAAUCUUCGAUAAGCCAUCUCCUUCUAUUGUCCCUCAUCUAUUUCAAUGGGCUCGUCUCGAAAGCUCAGGCCAUUCCAAGGCAGAGGCCUUUCAACAACACGAUCCCGGCACUCCUCAUAUUCGGUGACUCGAUUGUUGACCCUGGAAACAAUGACUAUGUAGGCACAAUCUUGAAGGCAAAUUUCCCACCCUAUGGCCAAGAUUUCGCCAAUCGGGCAGCCACCGGAAGGUUUACCAAUGGCCGACUUCCUACAGACUAUAUAAUUUCGUAUGUCGGAAUCAAAGAUUACGUCCCUCCAUAUUUGAACCGGAGUUUGAGCAUAGACGAGCUGAUGACAGGAGUUAGCUUUGCCUCAUCUGGAACUGGGUCCGAUCCGCUCACGCCUAGACUGUUUAAUGUGGUACCUCUGCCAAAGCAGCUUGAGCAUCUCCAGGAGUACAGGAAAAGGAUUGAGGACGCAAUUGGAAAAGGAAACACCAACAAUCUCAUAAAAAAGUCAGUUUUCUUAAUUAGUGCCGGUAUUAACGAUUUCGUUUUGAACUAUUUCACCGCACAGUUUCGAAGAUUGAACUUUUCCGUCUCCGAAUAUGAGAAGUUUGUGCUCCAACUUUUCAGAGAGUUCAUUCAGGGGUUAUUGAGCCAAGGCGCGACCAAGAUCGCCGUGGUGGGGUUGCCUCCAUUGGGUUGCUUGCCAUUCACAAUAACCUCAAAAACAAUCCCCCUUACUGGAAGGCAGUGCGUUGAGAGGAUUAACUCCGUUGCGAGAGACUACAAUGUACUUCUUCAGUCCGAAUUGCGUCCCUUGCAGAGCACCCAACCAGAUAAAGGAACAAAAAUCUACUAUGCUGACUUUUACGGGCCUUUGCAAGAUAUGAUCCAAAAUCCCCAAAAAUAUGGAUUCGAAGAAGUGAGCAGUGGGUGCUGCGGGACUGGUCUUCUUGAAACAUCAUUUCUGUGCAACCCGAAGACGCCUGUAUGUCCGGAUGCUUCCAAGUACAUAUUCUGGGACUCAAUCCACCCCUCUGACAGGGCAUAUUACUUGGUUUUCCAGGCUUUUCGUCCUCUGAUCGAUUUCAUUAUCAAAGAUACGGUAGCAACUAAUUAGAGAUUAUUUAGGCCGAAAACCCUGUGUCAUUUAUUUACUACAUUCUAUUCGUUAUGUCUUGUCUAUAUAUACAUGUCUCAAAUGCAUCGUUCGUGUGAAAUAUAAUGUGAAUAUAUGCCCAAGAAGCAGAGAGAAGAUGGGCAUUCCUGUCCUCGAGUUUCUUUCUUAUUUGGAACGACCAACCUUUAGGUUGCGUUUGGUUUCAUAGUAGGAUUUUAAAAUCAGAUUUUGAUUUUGAUUUUGAGUGGAAUAAAUGGGGCCCACCAUUUGACUUUGUA